AUGAGUCAAGAUCGACAUAUCCGACCGGAUUUCAAAAGCACAGCGUUACUAAAUAAGAUAUUCCUUCUGGAUCAUUCAGGACGAUACAGCGAUUUAUAUAUAGACAAACUUGAAGAGAAUAAUUUAGAGACUGGCUAUUUUCAGAUAGAGAGAUUCUUACAGAGGGGACAAUACGAACAGGCAGUUGAUUUGUUUUGGCAACGAUACAGGCAUUAUAUCAGCAAUGCUGAAAGAAAUGGACUUGAUAUGUUUAGACUAAUGAAGUCCCUAAAAGCGUUCAAAAUAUUGAUUAUGGCCAGCGAUAGAGACGAUACUGAGCAAAUACUUAAGCUGAUGAAUACUUUGGGAGAGAUGGGAUAUCUUACCCAGAUGAAUUACUCCGGUAUUCUAUCCAAUGCUAUCAAACAUCGGAACUAUCAGGUGUGCAGGAGCUCCUAUAAUAGUAUCGACAGCUCUCUGGAAUUGACUCAGGGUUAUUUGACAAAUCUAUUUGAUAUCUUUGCGAAUAAUGACGAGUUUGAGAUGGCCAUAAAAAUCCUCUCUAAGAUCGAAUCUCAGGAUGUCAAGACCCAACUGUGUCUUCAACUCAUAUCUAAGCUACCUCCAGAACAGUGUUGGAAGCUAUUGGACAGUCUAAUAUGUAUACUCGACACUUCACUACUUACUGAUUACUCAGUGGUACCAUCUUCACUUCUUUUGCUUUCAGGAUUAGACGACUUUGAGAAAUUAUCUGAACAUUUGAAGCUUCUACCAACAUUGAAGAACAGAGAUGCACAGAAGGUGAUAGUCUACUGCUUACUUUCAUCAAUCAAUAAUAAUCAAGGUCACUUUGCAUCAACUGUUUUCUUGGUAAGUUUCUUAAAAAGACAUUUAUUUUUGGACUUAUUGGACUCGAGAGAUGUAGAUAUCAUUUUCCAUACUGCUUCCAAAUAUGGUUCUAAGAUGGCGACACUUGCAAUGGCAGAUACUCUCAAGCAAGCCGAUAAUACUUUAAGCGCAGAAAAUUACUACAAUAUCAUGAAGUGCCAGUGCUUUGGAACAGAGCAUGACGGUCUAUUCGUUGCAGCCAUUGAGUACAUUGAAGAAUCUGAAGAUCAUAGUUUGAAACCAGAAAUGGUCAAUUUUAUACGGAAUAUAGCACUGGAAACAGAAGAUCCUAUUGCCAUACGAUUUCUUGACAAUUGUUCUUCAAUAGACGAAGCCAAAGCUAUAGUUGAUUACAAUUACCUCAGCAAAAAUAUAGUCAACGCAGAAGAAAGGACAAAGUUCAAGCAUGAACAGAUUAAGGGAUUUGGACCAUAUGUAAUGGAAUUCGACGACCAGAAUCUUGCUAGUCUAAUGAGAUAG